AUGGCGGACAACACCUCUUCCUGGCAGGUGACCUUCGACGAGAAGCGGUCGCAGACAUACGACACGGACCGUGAUCCUGAGAAGGGCGGCUACGAGCCGACCUCUGACUUCGAGGCUGCCACCAUCGUGCCUGAUGAGUCGACUCCUGUCACCCGCGAUGGCGCCGUCGCCGAGAAAAGCAGCGAUGAGGAGAAGUGGGACCCCAACAUCGUCGACUGGGACGGUCCUAACGACCCCGAGAACCCCAUGAACUGGCCGAUGAAGAAGAAGUGGAUGAACAUUGCCGUGCUAUCCAUCCUGACCAUCAUUACCCCCUUGGGCUCCUCCAUGUUCGCCCCCGGCAUCCCCAGGAUCCUGAAGGAGUUCGAGGUAAGCUCCAAGACGACUUCGACCUUCAUCAUGUCGGUCUACAUCCUGGGCUUCGCCUUCGGCCCCCUGGUCAUCGCCCCCAUGAGUGAGAUCUACGGCCGCUCGCUGCUGUACAACUUGGGCAACCUGCUCUUCACCGUCUUCACCGUCGGCACCGCCCUCAGCCAGAACGUCGGCAUGAUGAUGGCUUUCCGCUUCCUCAUGGGUCUGGCCGGUGCUGUACCCAUCACCAUCGGCUCUGGCAGCAUUGCGGACAUGAUGCCCGUCGAAAUGCGUGGUCGCGCCAUGGCUGCCUGGGCCCUGGGUCCUCUGCUUGGUCCUGCUAUCGGCCCCGUUGCUGGUGGCUACCUCAUUCGUGCGGCUGGUUGGAGAUGGGUGUAUUGGUUGAUCACCAUCAUUGCUGGUGUCAUCACUGUGUUCACUUUCUUCACCCUGAAGGAGUCGUAUGCCCCUGUUAUCCUUGAGCGCAAGGCGGCCCGUCUCCGCAAGCAGACCGGUAACCCCAACCUGCGCAGCAAGUUUGCCGAUCAGUCGACCACCCCGGCUGAGAAACUCAAGCAGGCCAUCGUCCGCCCGCUGAAGCUUCUGUUCCUCGUGCCAAUCGUCACCCUCAUGUCUCUCUACGUUGCCAUUACUUACGGCAUCCUCUACCUCCUCUUCUCGACCUUUUCCAUCGUCUUCCCCAUCUACUACGGCUUCGGUGAGGGCGAGUCUGGCCUCGUCUUCCUACCCUCUGCCAUCGGCAUGGGCCUGGGCAUUGUCAUUUUCGGUGCCAUGUCCGACCGGCUAGUCAAAAAGAACAUGGGCACGGGCGAGCAACACAAGCCUGAGCUGCGCCUCACCCCCUUCUUCACCAUCCCUGCCGGCAUCGCCUUGCCUAUCGGCCUCUUCAUCUACGGCUGGUCCAUCGAGGAACACGUGCACUGGAUCGUGCCCAUGAUUGGUGUGGUUAUCUUCACCUGGGGCUUGAUGGGCGUCAUGAUGUGCAUCCAGAACUAUCUGUUGGAUGUGUACCCCAAGCAGGCUGCGUCCGUCACGGCGGCCUUGGCUGUCCUGCGCUCGCUCGCUGGUGCCCUGUUGCCGCUGUGCGCGCUGGAUAUGUACUCUGCGCUGUCGAUGGGUUGGGGUAACAGCCUGUUGGCGUUCAUUUCGCUGGGUCUGAUCCCCAUCCCACUGCUAUUCUACAAGUUUGGGCCGUGGCUUGUUUCGAGGUUCAAGGCGCCUUCGCUUUAA